UUCUUAUCACUUUCUGCUACGGUUACAAUUGGUCUCGGUCACGUGACCUUAAGACGGGCUAACUUUUUUUUUGCCGCCAGUGCUGUAAAAACAAUUGGACUAGCUCUUAAGUUCCUCUGAUAAUUAAAGAAACAUUUGUCAUAUGUUGGCUUUAAACAGCAGAAGUUGUCCUAAAGUUUAGUCUUCAAUGACAGUGUCUUUGAGAAGGACAUAAUAGUUCACCAAUUUCCAGGCUUCAAACGACAGAAACAAAAAGAUGGCCGACGAGUUUAAGAAUUACGACAAAUUCCCAAUCCUUGAUGCUAUAAAAAGCAGAUGGCUCCGAUUCACGCUCAAGGAUAUGAUCUUCCCAGCAGUCAUCGUUGUUCUUGUACUGAUCUGCGUUCUUUUUGCUGGUCUCUUUGGGAAAACUAAAAACGAUUUGACAGAAGUCACGUCUGCUAGCUCUUCAGCACUUCUUGGAGGUGGGCUGUGUACUGAGGUAGGAUGCAUGGAGACAGCCGCUAGAGCGAUGGAAUACAGAAACACAAGUGUGGAUCCUUGUGAAGAUUUUUUCGAGUAUGCUUGUGGUAACUAUCUGGAGGCCAGAACAUUUAAGCUUAAUAACGUAUACUACAAUGUCCUUGGGGACAUGUAUCAAGAAAAUAAAGACAAGUUGAUUGAUCUCAUGGAGAGACCCAUCUCACAAAUGCAUGACUACGCCGCUGAGAGAAAAGUGAAACAAUUCUUCCAAGCCUGUAACGACAUGUUUUCUAGAGACAAGAAAAAAGGUCUUCCUAUUCUCAAUAAGGUAUUGCCUGAGCUGGGUGGAUGGAAGGUAUUAGGCACCUGGCAGAACAACACCUGGGACUUCAAUACGGUACUAAAGAAAGUUCAGACUGACUUUUGGGUGGACGCCUUGUAUAGAGUUUCAGUGGAAACAGAUUGGUAUGAUACACAGAAACGCGCAAUUCUUCUAGCUCCUGGUGGUCUUGGGAACUGGAUGUACUGGACUUGGUAUGUUAAUCCAAGAUUUGAAAAAAAUCGUCAGGACUACAAGAAAUUUAUUAGGCGAGUUGGUUCGCUCCUAGCCAGGGACGCUGUAGAAAUGAAAGUAGUUCCUUCCAGCAUUGAGUCCCUGGAUACACUUCUGGAUGAAUUUGUCAACGAUUCCUUCGCCAUAGAGUCCAAGAUGGCGCAGAUCAUUGCUGACUCUGACUACACGGAGGAUAGAUACGCUGAGGCUAACAAGCCAACUCUUGCUCAGCUGACCACAGACACCAACAACGUUAUAGACUGGACACAGCAACUGGCCUACAUGUUCUCCUACGUCCGAAUAUCUGGAUCCACCAAAGUUGUCUUGACCCACACAGACUAUUUCCAAAACAUCUCAAACAUGAUUUCGUCACUUGCGGCUGCUGACAAAAACCGGAUGUUGCAUAAUUACUUGAUCUGGCGCGUCGUAGAGAAUUACAUUUCGGAACUGUCUUGGGAUUACAUCCACGCCAACAGAGAAGUGUUUGUGGAUCUCUACAAACGUGAGAGUUUCCUGGGACUCUUCAGGUACUGCUUCGCCGUGACCACCAGGUACAUGGGCGACGCCCUCGGCUCUCUCUACAUCAACCAUUAUUUCAGUAAAGAAAGCAGAGAGACGGUUCAUGACAUUACAGACAAUAUCAGACAGGCUCUAAAAGAACAGUUGGAGAAAACCCCUUGGAUGGACGGACCGACCAAACAAUAUGCCAGAGAAAGAUUGGACAAAGUCAUAUUAAAAAUGGGCUACCCAGACUGGAUGGACAAUGUUGGAAAUGUUGACCAAAUGUACAAUGGUCUCAGUGUCAAUCUGACUGACCACUUCACCAACAUGCUCAGUGGUAACCAGUUCCACCGUAAUUUGAUGAAUGAAGAUCUGAACAAAGCCAGUGGCGAUAGAGAAGAAUGGACUAUACCUAUCUACUCGACCACAAUGUAUGUCUACUUAGAUAUGAAUGAAAUAUCUGCCCCUGCAGGUAUUCUCCAGUUUCCGGUCUAUUCCAAGAAACAACCCCAUUCCGCGACGUUUGGAUCAUUCGGCUCUGUUUUGGCUCGCUUCUUUCAUCACGUCAUAGACGAGUGGGGCCGGAAGUUCGACAAGGGCGGCAACUACAUGGGACGCGAUCAAACCUGGUGGAGCAACAAGUCAGUGGAAUCAUACGAGCCUGUCCGGAAGUGUGUGGAAAAUGUCUACAACGUUACGAAAACAUAUCGUCUGCCGGACGGGACAACAAAAGACGUGAGGCUCAGAGCCAAGAACUUUGUACCUUUUGCCAUCUCUUGGACCAACGGGGUCCGUCUGGCCUUAAUCGGCUACAGAGACUGGAUGAAGAACUUGGGAAUAGCCGAGAAACUUGUCCCUGGGCUCGGCUUGACCAACGAGCAGACGCUGUUUUUGGCGCAUGCUCAGACGUUUUGUUACGACAAAACCAGCAGCUGGUAUGUGAACAGUAUUAUUUCCGGAUGGCCCACAAACGAUGUGAAGAUCAACAUGGCGUUAGGUCAACUUCCGGAAUUCUCCGAAGCGUUUAAGUGUAAAAAAGGAUCACAAAUGUAUCAUGAAGAACGAUGUGAUUAUUAUUAAAUUAUUUUUGUUUCACAUUUAUGUACCAUUCAGUUUUUAGUUUCUUUUUUGACUGUACCUUACUUUAAUAAUCAUAAUCUUCUGAGGUCACACUGGAUACUGUUGCUGUUGCUUGUGUGACAAACUAGAAUUGUUGUAAAUGUCACAAGACUUUCUAUAAAGUAGUCAUGUAUAAUUCAUGAAAAAUAAGAUUUUUUCAUGCCUUAAUAAUUUCCUUAUGUUUUAGAAAUUGGCAUAUUUAAGUGUUAUAAUAUUAAUAUCUAGAACAAUGGGCCACAAUAACAAUCGUCGCUGCCAUGUAACCAGCAUUAACAAAAUUAAAUUGCAAGUCAUGCGUACUCCCCCCCCCCCCCCCGAUGUUUUGUAGAACUUUAUUUUCCUCUAAUUGUCCAAGCUUUUUUUUUACCUUUAUAUUUUCUUUGGCCUUAUUGACACCGAGAGUCAAGUGAGCUGUCCAGGGUUAUGUCGUUGUCAGUUUAAUUUUUUAAAUAAUUUAAAGUUUCUAUUGUAUUCGUACUCUUUAUAAAACAAUCAAGAAAAGAUGAAAAGGUAAUUAAAGUAAUUUGAAAUAAGUUACAACAAUGACAUAAAAACAAACAACUCACUAGUAAGUCUCAUAAAGAAAAAUAGGACAGUUCCUCAUGUGUGUGCCACUUGCAACGUUACAUUAAAUACAUCCUCUGAUUUAAUUUGUAUUCGAUUGAAGACAACUAUUUAAUGCUCGGCUCUGUCAAAGUGUUUUGGUCCUAAUAAGUGCCUUUCAUAGAUCUGUCAUGGAGUCAUUGUUCGUCACUCUUCACAGGGAAAGUUAUUUGUAUGAGGGAUUUUCAUAAAUUCAAUCUGUGCUGUAUCGGGUGCACCGAAUACAGAACUAUUGAUAAGGCUAUGAAUUUAUAGUAUGCAUAAAUACGGUGGAAACAAAUGUCCAAGCUUGUCCGCUUCUGGCACCAAGUUAUUGUAUUAUCUAGGAGGCAACAAAAAUCUUUCAAACCUGCGACCUUGACAUUCUGCAUUUGUCUCUUUAUUUCCCGAUCUUCCUCUUAUCAUGUUCUGUUGAUUUUUUUUUUAUUUUACGCAAUAUGUCCCCAAACUUUCUCUAUUUCGCUUUGUUUUCUUUUUCUUUUCUCAUAUUGUAUUUAAAGUUAAUCAGGCGGAUCUUUAAAAAUCUGAGUGUUAACAAAGAACAGAUUACUGUGUACAUCUCUUCCGCGAUUAUCGUUCCCUGCGUUCUUAUUGAGCUAAUUCUGUUUUGUUUUUUAAAUUUUGUUCUUUGAAAUGCCGUCUGUACCUUAUAUCAGUGGUGGAGACAAACGUUGUUUGUACACUAACAUAGCAUUCAAGAUUAAGUUAUCUCAAUCAAUAGCUUUAGAAAUGUCUUUGUAGAGGACUAUCUAACUUAUUCCACUCAAACAUUAACACAACUCACCCAAACAUUCGCACAUCUAUUGAUAAUUCAAAUUGUAAAUGAUUGAUUUCUAUGUAUUUGAAUGACAUAAAUACUUGUGAAUAAAUAAACCUAUUUUGAUAG